CGGACGCGCGAUAAUUACGAAAGGGGAGUAAUCUGACUGGUCGAUUGUAGAAUACAGCUACGCACUGCUACAUAGACCGCGAUAGAGAGACAGCCAGGCAGGGAUUGUGACUUGGAUAUAUAACCGACUGGAUUAUAUAUUAUCAAGUCUUGAUUGCUUGCACGCAGGAACGGGAAAGAAUUGGCGUUGACGAAAGUCGUUGGACGAUUGCGAUACGCAGGGCGAGGAAUUUUGCUGGCACGGGGUAUAAGGACAAGAGGAGAGUACGGGUAUUUUGAGGAAAUAGGGACGGUGAAAAGGUGGUACAGUGCCGUUAUGCCGGGAAAGAUAUUGUAUUUGCACGGGUAUACGCAGUCCGGGGAGCUGUUUUACAAGAAAACGUCAGCACUGCGAAAAAGUCUUCAGAAAGCGGACAAGUUCGAGGCGUUUUUCCCGACUGCGCCGAUCAGGCUUUCGGUGCCGGAUCCAGCUGAUCCGGAGGAGCGGGCGAGCGUGCAGAGUCAAGGGAUAGAUGAGGAUAGCUAUGGGUGGUGGACGAAGGAUAGUAUCACGGGAGCGUUUGUGGGGAUUGAUAAGUCGUGGGGGUUUUUAAAGGAGUAUAUUGAGAAGGAGGGUCCGUUUGAGGGAGUGGUUGGGUUUUCGCAGGGAGCAGCGAUGGCGGGUAUGCUGUGCACCGAGCUGCCGACUCUUCUUCCAGAGCACCCGCCGUUGAAGUUUGCGGUGCUGUACUCUGGCUUCCGGUCGACGCUGGCAGAGCACGAGCACAACUACCCGAUCAAGACGAAGACGCUGCAUGUGCUGGGCUCGGUGGACACGAUUGUGUCUGAGGAGCGGAGUAUGGCGCUGUGGGAGGCGUGCGAUAAGGAUACGCGGACGAUGUAUACGCAUCCGGGAGGGCACUUUGUGCCGAGUUCGAAGGAGUCGUUGGGGGUUGUGACGGGGUUUGUUUUGGCGGCGGAGAAGGAGAGUGAGGUUGGGGAGGCGGAGGAUGGGGAUGAUGGGUGGGAGGACGAUGAGUUUGAUGUUAUUGGAGGGGGGACGAAGUUGUAGAGUAGAUUAGAGAUUAUGCAGUAAUCGCAGUCCCUGAACAAAGAAAG